AAAAAAAACUUGAAUGUUUCUGACGGGGAAAAGGAGUGUAGCAGACAGAAGUCGUCUCAAAUUAGUCUGAAUCGGUUUUAUUUCAUCGCUGCAACUUAUAACCAGGGACGCACCGACAACACUCAGCUGGGUUUGUUGAGAUACGUUUGGACUGCUGAAGUUUCGGGUCACCUGAGGCAGAUUUCACUUCCUCAUCGGGACUUGAUGUGUCUUUUGCGCUUCGACAUCAACUGUCGGUUAUUUAUUUCGUGAAUGGGAAUUUGUCUGCCGUCGCUCGGAUGAAAUAAGACCUCGGACAGCAGCUGGAUCACCUGUUAUUGCUUCAAACUUUUGAGUUUCUGCCUGCAAACAGGUACUGCAUGAGUGUGUGUGUUUACCAGCUCUGAUGGUAGCAGCACGUCACCUGUGAGAGGACUGAACCACCUCACCAUGACAGAGGUCCAGACUCCAUGGCCGCAGGGCACAGAGUGUGUGGCCAGGUACAACUUCAAAGGCACAUCAGAACAGGACCUGCCCUUCAACAAAGGAGACGUGUUGACUAUUAUUAUUGUCACAAAGGAUCCAAACUGGUACAAAGCUAAAAACUCUGCAGGUCGUGAGGGGACGAUUCCAGCCAACUAUGUUCAGAAAAGAGAAGGUGUGAAAUCUGGAGGCAAGCUGAGUUUAAUGCCAUGGUUUCACGGGAAGAUAACGCGGGAACAGGCAGAGCGGUUGCUGUACCCCCCUGAGACAGGCCUGUUCUUGGUGCGAGAGAGCACCAACUUCCCCGGCGACUACACCCUGUGUGUGAGCUGCGAUGGCAAGGUGGAGCACUACCGCAUCAUCUACCACAACGGCAAGCUCACGAUCGAUGAAGAGGGGUUCUUUGAAAACCUCAUGCAGCUGGUUGAGCACUACACCAAAGAUGCAGACGGCCUGUGCACCAAACUAAUAAAGCCAAAAGUGGAGGAGGGGACGGUGGCCGCUCAGGAUGAGUUUUCCAGGAGUGGUUGGUCGAUGAACAGAAAAGAUCUCAAGCUGCAGCAGGUGAUUGGAAAAGGAGAAUUUGGAGAUGUCAUGGUGGGAGACUACAGAGGGACUAAAGUAGCUGUGAAGUGCAUAAAACAUGAUGCUACAGCGCAGGCCUUUAUUGCGGAGGCUUCUGUCAUGACGCAACUACGGCACGAUAACCUGGUGCAGCUGCUUGGAGUGAUUGUAGAGGAGAACGGGAGUCUGUUUAUAGUUACUGAGUACAUGGCCAAGGGCUGUUUGGUUGACUACUUACGUUCCAGAGGCCGAACAGUACUUGGCGGAGAUGCUCUCCUUAAUUUUGCACUAGAUGUCUGUGAAGCCAUGGCGUACCUGGAGGCCAAUAACUUUGUGCACCGAGACCUAGCAGCGCGCAACGUUCUUGUGUCGGAAGACAACAAGGCCAAAGUCAGUGACUUCGGUCUGACCAAGGAGGCCUCUUCCACUCAGGACACAGCUAAGCUGCCUGUGAAGUGGACGUCCCCGGAGGCCCUCAGAGAAAAGAAAUUUUCCACCAAAUCUGACGUUUGGAGCUACGGUAUUUUGCUUUGGGAGAUUUACUCAUUUGGUCGAGUGCCUUAUCCAAGAAUUCCAUUAAAAGACGUUGUGCCUCGUGUGGAGAAGGGAUACAAAAUGGACUGUCCAGACGGCUGUCCUGAAGUGGUGUACAACAUCAUGAAACAGUGCUGGAACCUGGAUCCUGCUGCUCGACCAAGCUUUCAAAUGUUGAAGGAGUGGCUACAACAUAUCAGCCAUGGGAUGGGAAAAAAACAAUGAGACAUCUGACAGAACACACACAAUGAGUGACUUUCCUCUUCCUUCAUUUUGACCACUUGGACCAUAACCUAGGAGGAAAAAAUAGAUUUCAGAAAACUGUUUUGUUUUGCAAAGUUCACAACAAAGUUUGCUUCACACAUUGUCCAGGGACCGUUAGCUGAAACUGUCAGUGUUUAUGUGUCUUAGCGUCAUCCGUCACCUCAGGUUGUUCAGUCUGCAGUAACUCUUCAUUACUGGCUCAGUUGCUUUCUCUGCGCUCGGUUAUCAAGAGUGAAUGAUUAACUGUCAUAUCGAUAAGUCUGCCUCAGAGCCACAGUGCCUUGACCUGUUUUUUAAAUAUAUUUUAUGUCCUUUACGUUGAUAUCUUGGUCCUAUUAGUAGCAUUGUUACAUUUUAUGAACGUGCAGACCUUAACAUAAUUUGACUGAGUUGACUGAAUCCAUUGUAUUCGUUUAAAGAGGCGAUUCAAAAGUAGGAAAACAGUUUUGAUACGUCGUCACUCGCUGUAUUGUUUUUUUUUUUACAGUUUCCAGGUACACCUUGUGCAUGACUGUUGAAUUAUUUUGUUAAAAGUUCUAAGUUAAAAUAACUAUAAUUAUGCAGCUUUAUUUUUUCAUUGCUAUGUAAUUGUUAGAUGUGUUUGCAUCUCUCUGCACAUCAAAAAAGGAACCGCAAGUUUGGACAAGUGUCACCUUUACUACUGAUAUAAUAACAUCAUUCAGCUCAGUCGUGUCGACAUCAUUCCCAUGUACAGAAUAUUCCAUUCGACGUCAGUAAGUGUCUUAUUCUGGGAAUCUUUGGAUUAAACCAAAUGGAUCUGGAUUUUGUUUGUAAUGAGAAAAAGGAGAAUGUUAAUAAAAUUACUAUGUUGCCAUUUUCAACAAUAAAAAAUAAGAUAUUUUGAAAA